AGAAAUGGUCGAUAUAGGGUGGCGUUUUUAGUGGCACGUCGCCAUUAUUAUCUAUAUUUUUGUUUUUAACUUUUCAUCCAGAGAGAAAAAGUUUUCAACUUGCAAGACUUCUGAGUAUGUUAACGAGUUUUCAAGCUCAACAACUAGGAAUGAACGGUGGAAUGGCAGUCACAAACCUUCUACCCGGCACAACUCCUCAAAGUCAGCCACCGCCGCCUCCACCCCCACCAGAGGAAAUGGAGGAAGAACCGCCGGCACCAGGCACUGAAGAACCGCUAAUGGAACCUACCCAACCAGAAGGUAAGUACCUUGUUUGUCUACAGGUUGCGUUUUUUCUAAAUGUAAAUCCUCAAGUAACGGACAGCCAUACUAAUAUGCGAAUGUCUGCUUGAGAUGUUCCAGAAAUCGGGUCGGCGGACACACAUUGACUUCCAUGGAGUAGAUUGAGAUUGCUGUAACCGUAGCCUUCGAGCGGUUACACGGUAGGAGUCAAAUGAUGUUUCGAAAUUGUGAUUGAGUAUGGGUUUUAGAUAAUCAUUUAAAAAAUUUAUGUUAUGUCCGUUUUAGUUCAGGCACUGAUAUUAACGCAUACUCAUUCAUUUUAUAUUCAGAAGUAACCAAUAAUUUUCUUUUAAGUUGGUAAAGGAACAGCAUUUUGUGUUAGACAUGUCUAUUUUCUUUUUGUGCUUACAGAUGUGAUUAGACGCUACUAAGGUACGAGUUACACGAGUUGCAUUGUUUCCUUUACUUGAAGUUUGGCACCCAACGAGGACAACAUUCCUAAGAAAUGUCCUUCCAUCAAUUACCUUUUUGAUAUCGAUCAAACCGGAGAAGUUGUAACAGGUCCCGGUGCUAGAACUAAUACCAUCGCUGGGAUCCUCGGUGGGGCUUUGCCAAAACUUUCAUCAGAUCAGAGUGACGCUGUAGCAAAAGCAAAAAAAUAUGCGAUGGAACAGAGUAUACGAAUGGUACUUAUGAAGCAGACUAUCGCCUACCAGCAACAGCAAAUGGCUAGUCAGAGGACUCAGGUCCAGAGGCAGCAGGCUCUCGCCCUUAUGUGCAGAGUCUACGUGGGAAGCAUCAGUUUCGAACUGAAGGAAGACACCAUCAGACAAUCGUUCCUACCAUUUGGACCCAUCAAAUCAAUAAACAUGUCCUGGGACCCUGUUACCCAAAAACACAAAGGAUUUGCCUUUGUUGAAUAUGAGAUUCCUGAAGCAGCCCAGCUGGCCUUGGAGCAAAUGAAUGGGGUUAUGAUUGGUGGACGUAACAUCAAAGUGGUGGGACGCCCCAGCAACAUGCCCCAGGCGCAAACUGUCAUUGAUGAAAUUCAAGAAGAGGCCAAGUUGUAUAACAGGAUUUAUGUGGCAUCAAUACAUCCUGAUCUAAAUGAAGAUGAUAUUAAAAGUGUAUUUGAGGCCUUUGGUCCAAUUAUCUACUGUAAACUUGCCCAAGGUUCAAGUGGUCACAAGCACAAAGGUUACGGUUUCAUUGAGUAUGAAAGUGCUCAAGCUGCAAAUGAAGCCAUAGCCAGUAUGAACUUGUUUGACUUGGGGGGUCAGUAUUUACGUGUGGGGCGCGCUAUUACGCCUCCAAAUGCCCUAUUGGGUCCAUCAAGCGGUUCAAAUGCUUUACCCACCGCAGCGGCAGUUGCAGCUGCUGCUGCCACUGCCAAAAUCCAAGCCAUGGAUGCUGUGGCUAGUAAUGCAGUGGCUUUAGGUUUAACAAAGUUGACUCAACCGACACCAAUACCUAUAUCUACCCCAACCGUAACAACUUUACCAGUUGUAGGAGCACCUGGGGUGGCUAUUCCAACGGUAGCACCUAUCAUACCGGCACCUGGGGCUGUUAUACCACCACCAGGCAUAGCCAUACCUCAAAUUACUCCAAACAACACUAUACAGCCUGCGAUAAUACCUCCAACAGUUGUGGGAGCUGUAGGGGGUGCUUUGCCUCUUGUAACAGGAUUAGCAAUACCACAAGUAAUUCCAGCAACUUUACCUCCUCCGACUGUGGUAACUCCAACAGUUUCACAGCCUUCACAGAAACAAAACGCCAACCAUCAACAGGAGGCAAUGAAACGUGCCGCCGAAGCUCAAUUAAAACAGCAAGAAGAACUGCAAAAAAAACUGUUAGACCAGAAUGAACCUCAAACUUUACAGCAACAGGAGAAUAUGUCGAUCAAAGGUCAAAAUGCGCGACAUUUUGUGAUGCAAAAGCUGAUGAGGAAGGUGGACUCACGGGUUGUUAUACUUAGGAAUAUGGUGGGCCCUGAAGAUGUCGAUGAAUUGUUGCAGGAUGAGAUACAGGAAGAAUGUAGCAAAUAUGGACAGGUGGAGAAAGUUAUCAUUUAUAAUGAGAAGCAAUCAGAGGAAGAUGAUAAUGACAUUAUAGUCAAAAUAUUUGUGGAAUUUGGGGAGACUGUUGAAGCUGAAAAGGCAAGGGACUCAUUGAAUGGCCGGUAUUUUGGUGGAAGGAUGGUGCGGGCAACUCUUUAUGACCAGACAUUAUUCGAUCAUAGUGAUUUUUCAGGAUAAGCUCUAAAUAGGUUUAGGUUAAAUUUUAUUGUUUUAAUAUUUAUUUUGAGACUAAAGCAGCAAGCAACCACACCAUUGUUGACUAUAUUGAUUACAAAAUCAAAUGAUUGAAAUGAAAUUUUUUAAGGCUAACUGUAUUAUGUUUUCCCUGUAAAUAAAGU